AUGGCGAGUGGUGCCUCUCAUGAUAGAGAGAGAGCGGGCGGUACCAUCCGAGUGGUGAAUGCCGCUGUUGCAGACGCUGCCAGUAAAAAUGAACAACAUUCUGAUAAGGAAACGGUAGCUAGGGAUACGCCCGUCCAAGGCGGAAUAGACCGGUUGGCGGAUGAGCCACCGCGAAUGCUACAUAUGGAAGUGAAUGGAAAGAAGAUUCCAUUUGAAUUGGAUACUGGCGCAUCGCUGUCUAUUAUUGAUGAGAAGACUUGGCAUAAACUAGGCCGACCGCAGUUGCAGAAGGCGGAGGUGGCAGCAACGGCAUUUGAUAAUAAGCGCAUUACGUUCCAAGGCAAAGUUCCAUUACAUAUUAAGUUCGCCGGGAAAGGAGGCGAUGGUGGAUGUACAUGUAUUCAAGGAGGCGAGUCACUCCUUGUGUGGAAGAGACAUGAUUAG